UUUCCCUCGCGUAAGUUAUUUGCCGUUCAGAAGGUGGGACUGAGAGUAAUCGCUGUUAUGGAACAUCGCUCCCUCUCUGUCUUGCAUUGUCACAGAUUACGAAUGUAGUUCACCUACUGCACGCUAGGACUUUUUAUGGAUGCGCUUGCAGUGUCAUGACAUGGCUGAUCGGUCCGAAAACUUUGUCACUCGGUUGAACUUAAAAGUUUCAUAAACCAUGGUUAUAAUUUAGCAUCGUCAAGUUUAAUACGUGUAUUGUACUGUACAAUAUAUAACCAGGCUCAUAUUUCGAUCAGAGUCUUAUCAAUAAGGUUUAUUUCCAGAGAUUCAAUCACAGGUAAAUUAAAUGUUUUCUGAAAGAACAUAAACAUGCCGGAACCUGAGUGUCAUUUGUCAGAGCGAAAGGGUGGGGGAGAAGUGUCUUUCCCUCCACAGUCUGUUAUCGUGUGCUCGUGUGUUACGCGCCGUUUGUGUUGUAAAGAAUCCAUUUUCAUCUGCAUGGAAAAAUAGUUUUCUUCUUUUUUAUCUUCGUGGUGUGUCUGUGUCGUUACUUAUUACAUAGAAUAUAAGAGUGUUGUAACGAAUAUAUGUAGUGUCAUCGAUGAAAUGCUUUUUGUUUUAUUCGAUAGUAGAGCAGACUUCAUUGUUAUGAUGAAAUGAAGAAUAUUCGAAUGGGACUGAAGGAAGUAACUGUGUUUUUUUGAGAGGAUGUUGUAAAGGUGUCACAUGGGAGAUCGUAAGCAGAGGUAGAAGGGUUAUAUUAAAUUUGAUGGUAGGGGACUGUGAAUCGUGCCCAAUAGUAGCAUUUCUUAAUGGCAUUUAAAAUUAAGACUGUUGACAGGCAAUUAGAUAAUUAUUUCAGGUGUUAGUGCUAAAGAAGUGAUUGCUGGUGUUCGAGUGUUUCGAAAUUUAAUGCGUUGUGUAAUUGCAUGGAAAGUGGCGUGUGAAAGUGCAAGACAUUACAGAUUGUUCAACAGACGUGUAGUGUACAAUGGAAAACGGCACAAACAGGAAGCUGAUGGAAACAGGCAGUGGCGUGCUGGUUCUCCCGUGGCCAGAUGUGAUACCGGAACCAUGUUGGCUUCAGUGGCGUGUCGGUACAUCGUGGACAGAUGGAGCAGAUUCGAACAGACACCUGCCACUUAUAGUCCUGACUCACACGGCUGCGCGCUGAGAGAGAUAGUCACUUCCGGACACCUGCUCUGCUCUAUGUCCAGGGCCCUCCCAGUCUCCUAUGCAGUGAGUAUCGCAGUAUGAAGCCGAAUUUAUGAACGGCUGGAGCUACAUCUCUACGCCCUCAUGCCUUGACGCAGUCUCCAGCUGCCCUCAACGCAGUCUUCUAAGAAGUGACGCCGUGUAGUCUGCUGAAUCAUUAACAGGGUUUCAAUGGAUC